CAUUGUUUUAUGUCUUUCUUCUACCCCACUUUACUAUUCCGCACCUAUUCUCUUAUCUCACUAUUCCCCAUUCACUUAUUCUAACAGUCUCAUUGCUCGUUUCCCAUUCUCUUCAUUCACCAACUCUACAUCUGGGUUAAUAUCAUUCUAUCUGCAGUAUGUUUACUUCACAUUCACUGUAGCUGGCUCCCUCUUCGCCCCCUGCACUCCUCGCCCCUCUAUCAUUCAUUGUCACCAGGACCCUCCCCAUUUAGAUCCUCUGUCUGUCCCUCCCCUGGCUGUCACUCAAAGCCCCCUCCCCCCCCUCUCCUUUUACAGACAUUCCCUCUUCAUCUUUCUGCCCUCCUGUCCUGGCUCCAUAGUGCCCUCCUUCCUUUUACAGUUAAAAUCCCUGCCCUCUGCCUGUCACUCAGUACCCACCUCUAGUGCCCUCUCUAGUACCUACCCUCUCCGUCACCCAGUAACCACCCUCUCUCUGUCUCUCUGUAGUGCCUACCCUCUCCCUGUCACUCAGUACCCACCUCCUCCCUGUCACUCAGUACCCACCUCUCUAGUGCCCUCUCUGUCUCUCUCUAGUACCCACCUCCUCCCAGUCACCCAGUACCCACCUCCUCCCUGUCACUCAGUACCCACCUCUCUAGUGCCCUCUCUGUCUCUCUCUAGUACCCACCUCCUCCCAGUCACCCAGUACCCACCUCUUCCCUGUCACUCCGUAUCCACCCGCUCCCAGUCAGUACCUCCCCUCUGUGAAUCCUUUUAUAGCUCCCUCCCAGCUGCCCACAUCUGUGCCUUGCUUCUGUCUGCUCCAGCUGCCCGGACUCCACGCUCAUUACCUGCACACUCCUUCCUAAUCCCCGGCAUCAGCCUUCUCCAUGGCGGAUUAUCACAAACCCGACCAGCAGACUCUGCAGGGCCUGAAAGACACGGCGAACCGUCUGCGGAUACUGUCCAUCAGGGCGACCACCGCUGCGGGCUCCGGGUGAGUGACCCAGCUUUAUAUAGGUGUGAAAUGGAGCGAACCACCUGCAGGUUACCCCCGGGGGGAGAUGCGGGCUGCACUGUGUUCCAAGCACAUGGCACUCAUUCUCCUGUACUGUGUGCUGGGGAAGGAGACUACAGGUAACUUUUUUUUUACCAGAGUCACCCCCCUCAGAGCCACACUCACAGGUAUCACUCAGUUUUUACCUCUGUUGUGCCAUUGGGGUGAAAAUUGAAAGUGUAGCAAUAAUCUCAUUUUAUAUGUGGAAUGAUUAGUUUCCAGUAUGUAAAAUACCUUUAACAUAAUGCUUUAAAAAUAAUAAUAAUAAUACAUUAAAUUCAUACAUUUUUUAAUGUUCCCAGUGGUAAAUGAGUUUAGAUAGUAGUUCCAAUAGACAUGUUUUAAAACUGUAUUUAGUUUAAAAGCUGACAGAGCAUCAUGGGAAAUAUAGUUCACAAGCCUCUAAAUGCAGAUCUCGUCACUUCCUGGUUUAAUCGUGUUAUUUAUUUAAUAAAAUCAUAUUCCUUAGAGCUGUGCAAGGAGAUUUACUACACUUUACUAGUCAGUAAAUUUAGAUGAAAUGUAUGUAUUUAUUAUGCACUGCUACACUCAAGCUCUGGACAUUUCAUGGAAUCAAAAUAAACUAGAAUUAUGCUAAUGUUCUACAAAGAACAGCAGACUGGCUACUGGUCCUGAUGUGAUGUCUGUAUCUUAACUCUUGCAUGACAAGUGAUCAGGCAUUCGGAGGAUGAAUUAGUGUUAAGAAUUCAGUGACCUUCAAAGAGACUUUCAAAAUUUUGGUCAAAGUAGCUGAAUUUAAAUUUUUUUUAAAUUUGUUUUUGUUUUUACAACAGUGUUUUUAGUUUGGCUACUGUGGCCUAAAAUGUUAAAUUUGCUUAGAGUUCUUCACGUUUCAUAUUUACCGAAUAACCCCUUUACCCAAAGAUUUGCCUGUAAAACAGACUAUAUUAUGCUCACAAAUGGAGGGAGGAUAACUUUAUUAAAAUCAACACCCCUAUUUAUAAUAGACAUAAGCUAGCACUGCUGUAUUUUGGAAUGUUUAGCUUUUUGUUUAUCACUUCAUUCCGGGCUGCAUAAAGUCCUUACGAAAGCAUAUUUGUAGCUAAAAUAAAGGUGGAAACAAUGCAGUUUCCUAAUAUUAAUAUUGACUGUUAUUUUAGCAAAUUGUGAUGAAGUUUGCCACUUUUGCAUUCAGCUGCCAGGGCGCUUUAUUGGGCGCUCUCCAAAACAUUGCACACACCUUCUGUAAUAGUUGGAGAACUGAACAAGAGACGCCUUUAGCUAGCAUUAUCCAAAAUGCCACACUGCCAACACCGUGCCAAGGCAGCUAAACACAAAACGUGAGAAUUGCAGUGAAAUGGAAACCGAAUUGCAAAAUUUAAGCUACAUUAUCUAUAUGGAGCACAACUCCUACUUUUCUGUACACUGCAAAUAUAUAUAUAUAUAUUUUUUUAUAUACCCUAAAAAAAAAAAUGAAUGUAUAUUUAAAAAAAAAUAGCUUGCAAAGGCUACAGACCUGCUGUAUUUCAGUCUGUGUCAGGGAAUACUCCAAUCCGAAGGUUCUCAUUGAGAAUGCUAAUGUGUAUGUAUGAAUAAGGUAUGUCUGUACUACUUUGUGAGCUGUAAAACCGCUCAUUGAGAAGGGAGAAAGCCAGGCGUCCGCUACCCCAGUCUCCUGUCUCUUCUGUUAGCUCUGUGGCGCUAAUGGAAGUGAAAAAGAAAAAAUCACACUGUGUGUGUUUCCUAAGUAUAAAAGUUCUGCUUUCUAUAGCAAUCAGCACAUUUAGAGACAGUCACAAAUCUGGCAGACUCCAGACACACAAUGUGUGUUCGCGAGUUGUUACUUACUUUAGCAGUUUACCUAUUAUUUAGUCUAUUUAGUUUAUUAACUAAUACCGAACUACAGUGAUUUAAAAAAAAAAAAAAUUUAAGUCGGAUAGAUUAAAAAUAAAUAAAAUAAUCAGGAUAUGGUUAUAGAAAAACAAUUAUUAAAUUAAUUAUUCUCUUCUGAAAAUUAUUCAAAUCAGGGAGUGUGAGAUUUAUUCAUAAAAAUAGAAUUGACAAAUGAAUAGCUCAGUUGGAAAAACAGCUACAUUUAAGAUGAUUUAUUUUUCAGGUCGCUACAUUCCCAGUGUAAUGAGUAAAUUCCAAAGUGAUGCAUAGUAUUGUUCAUUUUGUCUUUGUUCAUGAUGACUUGCAGGAUUGUUCUGGAUUUUCUAAAACACACAUAAUGCAGGGGUUAAUACAUAGCAUUGUAUGUUAAUACAUUCCCAAGUUGCUAACCAUAGUAAUGCCAGAAGUUUUGACAUCUUCAUUGGCCAAUUUAAAAAACUUGUACAGCAGGAAACCUAAUUUUAUAUUACAUUUCACAAUGCUGGGGGAAAAAACAUUAUACUGCAUGUAAAAAUGAUUGUUCUUUCCUGGUAAAGGAGUGUCAGAUAAGGUGCAGUUGUAGGAGUGAAGCAUGUAUUAUAAAUUAAGAAUAUAUUGCCAGUGUGUAAUUCGUUUCCUUUAGGUCCCUCUAUUUUCAUUUUAAACGGUUAUUAAACAGUAUCUGAAAUUCUCCCUCUUUAGACGUGGCGCUACAUCCUUUUCCUGUCUCCUUCCCAAUAAAAUGCCUCUCGUAACGGAUCAUUGAUUGGGCAUGGACGCAUGCACAUCGAAGAAGGAAGUGAGGCAGGGAACUAAACAAACGGGUGGAGGGGGUGGAUGGAUAAGAGGAGGGAAUCUCACAGAGUCAGGGUGUUAGAAAUAUUAUAAAGAAUGAGGCUUGGAAGGGGAGGGAGGUAAUAUUUUAAUAAACAAAGUGUCACUGGUGGAGGCAGGCAGGGCUAGUCAAGGCAGAACCAGGUGACUGUGUGCAUGCGAGUCACGCACACACAGUUCACUUGCAAGUGAAGAAUCAUGUUAUCUGUUGCUGGUUUGCAGUGUGCGCUGACAACAGGCGUAAUUUUUGCACAGAAUUGACAUUUGAUAGUCUGGAACGGAGUCCCGGGCUGCCAAAGUCACAAGUACCGAGUAUGCCACUAGCCCCUGUGUUCUUUAAAAAAAAACUACUCCGUCACCUCUGGUGAUACGGCUGCACCAGAAGUGAGCUGUAUGUUGGUUCAUCUCUGUAGGGCGCGUGCACCCCACAUGGGGGUAUGGGACUCUCUCAGUGUGCCAUUUGCAUGUGCAGCACGAGCUGUGGAGGAGGAACGCUGUAAAUGCGUGCGCAGGGCACAAGUAUUUAUGACAUUGAACAGCGCAUGCGCAGUGUUAGCAUAGGAAAUGCUCAUGGUAGUAGUACACAUGCACCUGAAUCGACUGUGUGGUAUGCCUACAGGGUAGGUUAUUUUUAUUGCUGCCACUGUGCAUGUGCCGGAACAGGCCAUUUUGGAUUUCAUGAUUGGAUAAACCAUCACAGGCCAUAAAGUGGACUUGCUUUCCAUGUCAUUUUUAGAUUUUCUGCACACUUGACUGUUGGUUUUUUAAAAAGCAGACUUUAUUUGAAGUGCAUGAGUACAAACAAUGUUUUGGCCCUACAACCAGUCUUUGUCAAGUGAAACUCAAUGGCCAACUUGUAGCAGCUGUGUGUGCCAGGAGUACCAUUUGGUUCUUGUUGCAUGUACACGAUUCUAGAGCCAGUGCUUUAUUGAAAAUCAUGGGAUACAUGCUGAUAUCUAGUUGUCUUGGCGUAAUCACAGGUAUGAGAUAGGCGAAUAGUGCACGUUGUGCAGAAAGAUGCCUGUGAUAACUGCCAUGUAUGAAUAAGGGCUUACUUCAGUAAGAGAUCUAUAGCUGUACAAGUAGUUAUACUAGAUAUAGCUAGUCUUUGAUUUAUUUAAAAAGGUAAAAACUUGAAAUCCCAAACAGAUUCCAUAGCCAGUUUAUCUUUAUUAAAACUAAAACUUGACCGAUCUCCUUUAAGGGGUUAAAGCCUGCUAAAUGGAUGGAAAUAAAGGCGGGUAACACAUUGCAAGUCAAAUAAAACAAAGAAUUGAAGCUGAAAUAAAAACAGAGAAUAAUUCUAACCUUGGGCAAUAUCAUUUCAGCAUUCUUUUAACGCUGUGUACCAAAGUCAAAAUCAGUGAGCAACAGGAAUUCGAGAUGCCCAGUACACAAAGGCUUGCCAGAUGGCCCAGGGCAACCUCCGGCCUCUCUAAAUAGUCUGCCUUGCCUAAACGCAUCAGUGUAUCCCUCUCCAGACAGCCGAAAGAUGUUCUGAUCCUUCUAUUCCUUCAGUAUAGAGCCAAAGGUUCCACUGUGUAACAAGCAGCCCCAUAUUUUACAGAUAGGUGAAAAGAUAAAAUCAAACAUAAAAUACAGUUUUGUUAUUUUUUUUCUUAUAAAUGUAAUGCACGGAGUUUAAUAAUAAUAAUAAGACUGCUUCCACCAUAAACACUGCAGUAAGCUGUAUGGGUUAUCAUCAUGUUUAGAGUGCCCCUGUAAAUAAUGCAUUUUAUCCCAUACGCAGUCAAUCAGAAAGAGAUGACAAGGAGCCUUCUGGAUGCUUAUAUUUUUGGUGCCCAAGAGACUUGUAAGGUUGGUGUAAGUGUGUUCCUAAAGGUACACUGCAAACAGCAUAACAUCUGGCUGUAGUGGCUAUGGUACCAGGAGUCCCCCUAGUUGUCAUACUAUAUAAGAAGGGUUUGACAGCUUAUCUUGGCACCUGAGUCUGCACUGCCUGCCUCUAGAUUUUCCUCCACUGAGCUAAGCAGAGCUGUUCUUAAAGGACCAUUAUAGUGCCAGGAAAACAUACUCGUUUUCCUGGCACUAUAGUGCCCUGAGGGUGCCCCCACCCUCAGGGACCCCCUCCCGCCGGGCUGGAUGGCAAGGAAAGGGGUUAAACUUACCUUUUCUCCAGCGCUGGGCGGGGAGCUCUCCUCCCCUUCUCCACCUCCGAUCCUCCUCGUCGGCUGAAUGCACAUGCGCGGCAGGAGCUGCACGCGCAUUCAGCCGGUCUCAUAGGAAAGCAUUCAUAAUGAUUUUCACAGUGAGAAGCACGCAAACGCCUCUAGCGGCUUUCAAUGAGACAGCCACUAGAGGCUUUAGAAGCUGGAUUAACCCAUUUAUAAACAUAGCAGUUUCUCUGAAACUGCUAUGUUUAUAAAAAAAAUUGGUUAAUCCUAGAGGGACCUGGCACCCAGACCACUUCAUUAAGCUGAAGUGGUCUGGGUGCCUAGAGUGGUCCUUUAAGGAUGAGUUUAGAUAAGUGGCAGUGUCCCUCAGAUGGCUGCUGGAGGUGCUUCUUGGCUCAGUGCUGCACAGUAGGCAGCUCUGCCAUUCAGCGUCUCCACACUCUGCAUGGAGACGCAGAAUUUUCCUCAUAGCGAUGCAUUGAUUCAACAGUGUUUGGCCUCGUCCUCUUGCCGAUUGUAUCCAGUCCAAUGCUUUACCCAUUGGAAAGCAUUAGAUUGGCUAAAAAUCGGCAAUUCUGAUUAUGUCACCAAGGGGGUAGAGCCAGCGCUGGCGUACCUGCGGGGCGCUGGAAGUAAGGUGAGUUUUAAUUCCUUUUAAGGGGGUGGGGGGACGGACGGGGCAAGCCAUCUAAAUGGUGGCUUGGUUUUCCCUAUAGGGUCAGGAAUACAUGUUUGUGUUCCUGACCCUAUAGUGUUCCUUUAAAUACUACCCUUCAAGAUGGUGAAGUGAUUUGCCCUGGAAACACAAGCACUCAGUGAUGUCCUUCAGCUUCAGAUACUUUUGGCCUUGGGUGCCCUGUUUAUGUGAGAAUGAGACUUCGCUAUCUCCACUUCUCUUUUUUUCAUGUCUUAUGUAUGUCUUAUAGUUAUUAUUUUAGUAUAUCGAAAAGUAAUAGCUAUUAUUUACCUUCAUUUAUAUUGCCUUUUUCUUUUUAGUUGUAUUUUAAUAUUUAGUAUGUUCGCAUAAAACUGUCAACAGGGAGUCACCAUGGUUUUUCGAAAACUUCUGUAUGUCUUACCUAUAAUUUGUGUUCAUCUUACUUUUGAAAUUAGGUAUAAACUAAAAUAAUAUUGUGGAAAUAACUAGGAAUCUUAAAACAUAAAUGAAAAAAAUAUCAGUUUACUAUCUGAAUCAUCCUUCCUAAAAGUAAUUUGCAUGUGUAGUCAUUACACAAGGUAUUUUUCUCAAUAAAUUGUGAAAGGUUGCUAAUUUAAAGUAAUAUUUUAGGGGAAAAUAAAUGAAAAACCAUUGACUUGGAGAAUGUUUCCAAGCGGCCUAAAAUGUGAUAUUCAGUUUGAAUUCUUGACCAUUCACACUUUGGUGAAUUGCUCAUUGGGACUAAAUUGAGAAAUCAAAGUGAAUUUCAAAUAUUAUGCCAGAGCCGCAGAAUUAGAAGCUUAGCCAUUUUGGCUAUGUUUACCUUAAAUCUGAUAUUUAAUUUGAAUUCUCCCUUCAGUGAAUAUCUCUUUUACUCAGUAAAGACCAAACUGUAGUAGAUUGAAAACAGAUUUAAAAAAAAUAAUGAUACAAAUUCAAUACCAUGAUGCUUGUGACUAUAGAGAAUUAUUCCUAAUCUAGGCUAUUUUGCUAAUAUUUUUAAAUUAAUUGUUUUGCCUAUUGUACAGCGCUGUGAAUCAUGUUGGUGCUAUAUAAAUAAUUAGAAUUUAGUGUUUAGUGAAUACGUUCAUGUCCUGUGCCUGUGUAUAUCUAUCUUGCAAUGUUGACUGCUUUCAAGGACAAUUUACUGAAUUUAUUUAGGAGCGGACAUUCACACACGGCUUUAAUUUAGUUUAAAAUUCCCCAAACAAUAUUUAUUCUAGACUCCUGUAUCCCCAUACACUUUUUGUGACUUGAUAUUGACACUACCUGUAAUGUCAGUCUAACAUUUUAUUAUUGACCAGAAAGUGCAUCUGGAUUUUAAAGGAAGUCAGUGUGUCUGAAACCUUAAGUAAUUCUUUCAAAAGAGACAAAGUAACAAUGCAAUAAACCACAACCCAUGGAAAUAUCUAUUAGGGAAGCAGAUUGGCAGAUUACAAUUAGAUCUCACAUGCCAUGGGAUGGAGUCGUUAUAAUAUGUGCAAUUGUGGGGGAAGUGAGCAGAAGGAAAUAGCCAUUUGUACAAAUACAUGCUAAUAUUUAGACAAUAUUUAUGUGAACAUGCUGAAAUGUUGUAUAGAUACUUUUCUACUAAAAACCUCAGCUACUGCAUUUUGCUGCAAGAUUCACCACGGACCCCUUUAAAGAGGAGCACCACGAAAAGUGUUGCCCUUCAAUAUGUAUGAUUUAUCUGGUGCAGUAAUGAGAAAAAUUUAGUUAUAGAGAAGGUCCCCAGAAAGAGACUUGCUUCUUAAAGGACCACUAUAGUGCCAGAAAAACAAACUCGGGUUUUUAGGACCCCCCCCACCCUCAGGGUCCCUCUCUCGCUGGGCUGAAGGGGGAGGAAGGGGUUAAACGCUUACCUUUCUUCGGCGCUGGGGAACUCUCCUCCCUCUUCUGACAGCGCUGAAUGCGCAUGCGCGGCAAGAGCCACACACGCAUUCAGCCAGUCCGUAGGAAAGCAUUUCUUAAUGCUUUUCUAUGGACAUCAGCGUCUUCUCACUGUGAUUUUCAAAGUGAGAAGCGUGGAACCGCCUCUAGCGGCUGUCAGUGAGACAGCCACUAGAGGCUGGAUUAACCCUAUUGUAAACAUAGCAGUUUCUCUGAACCUGCUAUGUUUACAGCUGCAGGGUUAACCCUAGAUGGACCUGGCACCCAGACCACUUCAUUGAGCUGAAGUGGUCUGGGUGCCUAUAGUGGUCCUUUAAUGCUUUUCCUUCCUGGAACACACACCUUCUGUUUACUAGCGCACUGUGGUUUACUGCCUUGUUUCUCAACCAGUGGUACGCAUACCACAGGAGGUGUGAAUACUAAAGGAAAGCAAUACGCCAAGAGCUGGCCAGCUUAGCGCACCGCAGGAGACAGCUGGCUGUGUAUUAAGGCAGAGUUGGGACCUGCAACUAAGGACGGCAGGUGCCUGCUCUGCCCAAAUACAGUGUCCACUGUAUCUUCUGUGUUCAGUGUACAAUGAUCUUACAGCAUUGCUCCCUCGCGUGCCCUGCAUUGAUGGUGGCAGUCGGGUUAUGACAUCACUCCGGCUCCAGCGUCACUAAACAGCGUGCAAGGGAGCAGUGUUUGGAAGAGCAUGGAGAUUACAAAAGCCCCCCUUUGGACCCCGGGAAAGGAUCCACUCCAACUCUCCCAAAGGUAGGGAGGCUGGGUAGACUUAAAUUAAAAAUAAUAGAAAAAAAAAUAUUUGUGUGUGCGUGUCUGUCGAUUAUUUUCAUACACAAUAUUCACAUAUUUAUUUAAAAAAUAUUCUUUAUUACCUUUAAUCAGGCUUGAGCUCCUCAUCAGAAUGACGGUAUUGUGUAUCCAGCUAUAUAGUACAUCUUGGAAAUGAACUUGAAAUGUUUCAUUCGAUAGAGGUGUAAUGUAUAUAUACUGUAUACAAAUUAGCAAUUUCCUAGCUCAUUAAAAGUUAUCCUAAAACUGUAUUGUAGGGGGUAUUGUCUCUUUAAUAAGGCCCCCACUCCCCUUUUGUUUCUGCAAGAUUUGAUGAAUAAGGUUUUUUCCCUCCUUUUUUCAUGCCCAGUGGGUAGACUGGCUUCUAAAUAAACAUUCUUUUUGUGUCUUGUUGAAAACAUGCUAUUCACCCUGAGUCUGCAUUUAUGUGAUUACAAGCAGUUUGGAAUAAUUUGUCCUCUGUGAAGGAAAUGAACUGUUCUGAUAAUCAGCUAGAAUAUUUCCACUGAUAUCCCAUUUCUGAAGAACUUUCUUCAUGUUAUGAAACAUUCAAUGUCCGCACUGAAACAUUGUGUUGCCAUAUACACUAUGUUUUUCUAAAUACACACAACUUCCUUAUGUUUGUGGUCUGCAUGUAUAAACUGUCACUUCAAAAUUAUUUUAAUAUAAUAAUCCUUUAAGUAUUGAAAGGAAAUAGAAUUUUUAAAAUGAAGUCUAUGUAAAUAAAACAAAAAGACUCUAGUUAUUCUGUGUGGUCUUCCUUGUCUCUGUGCAUGGAGUUUAGCGAGGGAGACCACAAUGACUGUUUGUUGUUUUUUUCUAACACGCUGCGACCCAAGGUAUAUGUACAGUAAGUAUAUGACUGGAGGAUGCUCAUAUACUAAAGGUACGAUGAGUUUUCCACAUUUUUUUUUUUUUUUUGUUACAUAUACCUCAUUCACUCAAAUCUAUUUCUUUCAAUGCUUGAUGAAAGAAUCAUUAUAUUAAAACAUAUAUCGAGGUGACACUUGUUAUUUAAAGGGUUACUCCAUGUACUGGGAUCACUGCAGGGAUUUGAGGUGGUCAUGGUACCUCAAGGCUGUAUAUGCAGAGUAACACUUUAAAACAAACGUUUGCCCCAUUAUGGGAAACUGCGCCAUCAUAACCACUAAAGCUAUAGCGGGCUGUAGUGAUUGUAAUGGUUGAAGUAGCCAUUUUUUCUUCCUGUAACAUAUGAAUUAUACAAACUGCAGGUAGCAACUUUUAAUUUGAUUAACUAGCUGGCACUUGCUGCAAUUGAGUGGGUAUAAUUUAAUUUAGGGAUGCAUACAGGUAAUGGUACAAUGGGCUAUUGCAUUAAAACCAAUGCAUCCAUGCAGCUUGCAAGUUAUCUAACAAUUCCCAAUGAAAUAAUCCGUAUUGUCAAACUAUACCUGAAGAUUUCAGUAGUCUAUAUGGUUUUUAUGUUUUUUAAAUGUGUUCACUGUUUCAGAUUGGUUACAUUCAUAAAGUGACAUGACUAUGCGUAUGGUGACAUUUGGAGCAUUAGAAAUGGUAAUCGGCAUUUUGAGUGCUGUGACUAAUCAUUGUUUGAAUUCUGCUAACAAAAGUAACUGUUUGCAGUGCAAGGUUUGGAAUUGACUUAAUCUCUGUACUGUAAGGAUGAGUAAUCAUUUUUAAAUAAGGACAUUAAUUACUUUCAGCAUGAAUUGAAUUGUAUAUUCUAGUCUUAACUUGAAGCAUGAAGGCUAUCAGAACAUAUGUGUAAUACCUUGUAUUGAAUAUUAAUUUAACUGUAUUAGUUUUGGGUCCAGAGCAAAUCAAGGUGUGUGUAUAGUUAAACACGUAUUUAUAGCAGGUGUGUCCAAGUAUAGUCUGUGAGCUAUUCUUGAAAUACAUUUACCAAAAUUCUCUGCCACCUAACUCACUUGUGGUAUAAAAGGAUCAUAUACACAUAAAGCUAAAGCGUACAUUUGUUGACGUGCUAUUUAAUCUUUAUUCCUUAUAUUUUGUAUUCUAAGCAAAACUCGAAAAUAAAUUCAGGAUUGUUCACAAAAGUAUGACAGGGAUUCAUAGUGCAUUUCAAACUUGAGGGCAUGUUAUUUGAACUAAAAACACAGAUGAUUUGGUCUAUUGUUUUUCCAGAUCAGUUUUUACAGGCGAAAAUGUUAAAUUCACUUUGAAGUACAUUCACAAAACGUUCAUAUAUUAUUACUUUUUUAACCUCUUAGGCAUCCAACAUCAUGCUGCAGUGCGGCCGAAAUUAUGUCGGUGCUGUUUUUUCAUUCCAUGAAGUAUAAAGCCCAAGAUCCAAAAAACCCAAGCAAUGACCGUUUUGUGAUGUCUAAGGUAUGUUGCGAUGGCGAGCUGUUUAAUAUCAAUUUCCUAUAAUGCCUUCUGUGUGCCAAUGACCUCUCUCUUUUCUUGCCCAAACAAGAACUGUGUGCCCACACUGUAGAUUGCAUAGACCUAGACUCUCACCAACAAUCCAAUAAAAAUAUAGCUUUCUGACUUCAGCUUGCUAGAUGUCCUCACACACUGACUUCCUGCCACAGAAGGACUAACCCCUUCUUGCUGUUUUGAUAUUGCAGAAUUUAUAUCGUGUUAUCAGAGUCAAUUUUGUCCAAAGUUAAUUCCUCAUUAUCAAUGCACCCAAGAUGGAGGCAGUCCCUCAACAUCAGGAUGGAUCCCGAUUUAUAUUAGAGCAUUCAUAAAGUGAUUUGAUAUUAAAGCAGGGGAUGAUCGCUGGGGAUUCUAAGCACCUUGUUGUACUGAUUAGGUUUCUUUGAGUAUUUUUCAAGUAUGCAUUACACACUGGUUAGUUAAAGACAUAGUCAAAAAAUUACAGUUAUAAAAAUAUUUACCUAAUGGAGUUCGCUUGUUAAAGGGUUACUCCAUCCACCUUGACCACUUCUACUUUUUGAAGUGGUCAGGGUAUUAGGAGUCUGAAUGUGCACUAUUUCUUGCAACGUGAAAUUGCAGUUCCGGUACACAUGACUUGGGCAGCCUAGAACACUGUGCCCUGAGCCAGUGAAAUGGUCCAAUCAAAGGCUUCUCUAUGAGACCUCUAUGCGGCUCCUGUGAGGUCUGAUGGGGUUGCGCUGAGCAGCGCUGCAGAGCUUGACCCAGCAUUGGAUUAAGGUGAGUACAAUUCAGUUUAAAACACUCUUUAAGAUUUUUGGGAGGUAGGGGGAGGAGCAUAUAGAAUAAUGCCAAAUGGGCCAUUAUUCUACUGCCCAUGUAAAAGGGUUGGAGAAAACCUUUAACAUGUUGGAUUCUACUCUAAAAAAAUAUAAUCCAUGUUUUAAAAUUACCAAAUGGCACUUAAACGCUUACUCCAAGCACAUGACCAUUUCAUUGAUUUGCAGUGGAGUCUGUAUGUGCAGCACUUCUCUUUGCUCAUAUAGAAAUUAACACCUCUGCUCCUCUUCUGGCAGCAUUAUAGGAGUACCAUAAGCUGGUUCCUAAUAUAGCCCUGUUGGGGCCUAUGACCAGGGGCGCCUGCCCACAGUCAUCUAUACAUGUAGAACCGAUCCUCUUGGUGUUUGAUCAGAUCUGUGUGACCUUCUGGGCAAAGAUUUGUGCACAUGGACUUACCUCCACAUCUGCUGACCUAGUUGAGGCUCCGCGGAUCCAUCCUGCAUUGCGACAACACCUGCAUAGGUAUCCCCCACGCGUUCCCAGAGAGGCAAUGCGGAGGAAAAGACGCAAAUGGCCAUUGUGGCGAACGGCAGUGCCACAACACUCAGGCCCUUGUGUCCGCUACUUCUCACUCUGUAUCCAGGCACGUUCACUCUCCACAUGGCCCACCUGCUACACAGGCCUUUUCCUCAUGGCACCGGUAAUGCAAUAUUCGGCGGCUGCAAGCUCUGACUGCAUAGUCUGCUGAACUGCGAGUGUGCUUGCCCACAGACCUCUCUCGCUGCCAGACUUCCUCAUUCAUAAUCUUGAUGGGCAUUCUGCUUUUCAUGUUUAGAACAAUGCUAUUAAGUGUUUACCAUGGUACGCUAUUGAUACCCUCUUAGUUAAUUCAUCCAGUGUUUUUUAUAUCUUGAACCUAUACACAGUUCUGUGUUACAGCUUCUCUAUCUCUUUGUUAUUCUGAAAUAGAUUUGUGCUCCUGCUGUCUGUUCUGUAUUUUUAAACGUAAAAAAAAUGCAGUAUUCUUGACAUUCUGUUAUAUGCAUGCACCUUUUUCUUCGCAUUUAUUCUCAUUCGAAAUGUCUACAUAUUCUUGCUUGUUAAGCUUUGCACUUCUAAAAUAAAGGAUGUUUUUUUGCAUAAACAGAAUAUUCAAGGGUACAAUUGAUGUGUAUGUAAACAGGUUGUUGAUCCAAGGAGAAAUCUGAUUGUCAUUAUGGAGUCAAGAAGGAUUUUUUUUCACUUUUUGUAGCAUUAUUGGAAAUGGCUACAACUGGAUUUUUGCCUUCUUUUGGAUCAAGAGCACAAAAGAAUUGGCUUUCAUGGUUAAACUUGAUGGACUUAUUUUUUCAACCUAAACAACUAUGUAAUAUUGCAAUGUAUUACUAUUGUGGCAUGAUUGCAAAAUUGAAUCCUUACUGCCUGCAUGAAAAACAAUAUUCUUAAUCACAAGGCUAUAGCUCAUACAGUUACAAAGCUCAGCACUGUAUGUCUGCUGAAAUUGUGUCGAACAACAUCUGUACUGGGAGUCUGCUAAUAAUCUCUUGUUGACACAUGCUGUCAGACAAUCUCAGUUCUUCGGGGACGGUUCAUACCAUUAAUGUAUGAACUUUCAUUUUCUUGUUGAUACAUCUUGUGAGAAAGUUGACUUGUUCAUACUGUCAUUUCAUGAACUAUUGCAUAAAACAGAAGUCCAAAUAAAUUCAUAAAUACAUCUCACACAUUUAAAGCCUAAAUUAUGGCAAUACUAGUGCAGAUUGUUCACUUUCGCUGUAAUUAUCGCAUGGGAAUACUGUUAUAACUGUAGACUGGUGGAAUGUAAUCUGUUUGUUUUACCAUAUCUCUCUGUCUACAAAUUUCUGUUUAUGCUUUGUCUUUGCUAACACAAAAAUAUGAUUAAACGUGGUGUGAGAAAGUUAGACUCACUAUUUCUUGUAUUUUUCAGGGUCACGCAGCUCCGAUUCUGUAUGCUGCCUGGGCAGAAGCUGGUUUUCUGCCAGAAUCUGAGCUUCUAAAUUUGAGGAAAAUUGACUCCAUCCUUGAAGGUCACCCAGUGCCUGUGAGUAUCAGCUAUUUAAGGUGUUACAGAAUAUUUUCAGUUUUGCUGUUUAAAUCACACAUUUAGCAGUCCUUAUAGGAUUAUUCUGUCUGUCUAUAUCUGUUCCAAAUUAGCUUUAACUCUCAAUACACUGAUCUUAGGUAAGACAAUUUUGGUAACCCUCAUUAUUGUACCCAAUAUAUUACUGGCUUUAAAGAUAGUUUGGAAUGCAGUGUGCUAUAUUAUUGAUGUAUCUACUGGUCCGGCAGCUCAAUAAUGAUGUCUGAAUAUCCAGGUGAGAGAUGCCUUCCUGUUAUAUGUUAUGUUAGAAGAUUAACCAAAUCCCCUGAUAUUACUCCCUUCCUGUUAUAGGUACCUCAUUACACGGCUUGAACAGCAGAUAGUCUCAGAUCAUGGAUAUGCCAUGAAGUGGUUCGAUCUUAUAUGAGCAAUAAUUAUGUUAGGAUAGAAAAGGAUCUGCCAAAAAAUUGCCUCUGUGUCAGGCGUAUGCAAUUUAUGAUUUUGUAACUAGGCAAGCGUUUUAUUGACUGUGUAUGCUUUAUAGCUAGUUUAUAAUGCAUUUUGUGUGUAUGAUAAUAGCACUUAUUAGAACACCAUGAACUUGAAAUCCGAUAUUGCUGAGUUGUAAUUUGCAAAGACACCCAGCGGUGCAAUCGCCACUAGAGGGACAACCAGAAGUGAGAUUUAACUUACCUGAAAAUGUCCCUCGUGGGCAUUGCCAUCUCUUUUUGGCCGGUCUCUUCUGCUCACAUGUGUGGGAGUUAUACCACUGAUGUCUAAGGUGGUCCCGUGAUACUUCCAUAGACUGAGCCAAUUGCUGGGGGAUUGACACUUGUAGAUGACGGUAGCUCUGCCCAAUGUCUAAAAGUUUCAGGUGUAAGAAAAUUACUGAGACAAAGUAGUCCCCACUUUCUCUCAGUAUAUAACGGAGUUGGAAUUUCAGUGUACAGUCCAUAGGAGUAUUUCAUAAAGACUCCACCUGUAUGAAACACUAAUUUUGCAGGGGGUGGGGGAGUGACCGUGGCACUUUAAAGGGACAUGAUAGACAUGUUCCCCUUCUUUUAACCCUAAAAGUGAAAACAUUGCUGUGUGCUUAAAAUGCCUCUAGUGGCUCUGAAACAGCAGAGUAAAACUGGGCUAUUUCAAUCGAAUGGUCACAUAGAGAACAUCUGAUUGGCACUGCAUGCUCAUAGCUUCCCAAUGCUUUCUUAAGGGAAAGCAUAUGAUUGGCUGAGAUCAUCAAGCUUGUAAUGUCAACUAAGAGGCGGGCAAGCCGCAAAGAGCAGCGCAGCAUGGGAUAAAAGGUAAGUAAAACAACUUUUUAACCCUUGGGGGAUGGCGUUCACCUUAACGAUGGCUAGGACAUUAAGGAGGUAGUAUUCCUUGUGCUAUAGUGUUUCUUAACAUUUGAAAUCCACUUUGAACAAUUGCUUUUACACAUUCUAUGUUAGCUGCAAUCUCUCUUUAAUUUAAACUGUGUUAUAUAUUCUCCUGAUCUGUAACUUUUUUCUUUGUUUUAGAAACAAGAAUUUGUAGAUGUGGCCACAGGAUCCUUGGGACAAGGUUUGGGUGCAGCUUGUGGCAUGGCAUACACAGGGAAAUUCUUUGACAAAGCCAGGUAAGGUUUUGCACACUUAUUUCCCCCCCAAAAAAUAGCUUCAAAAUUCACAUGAUCCAGCCUCUAGUGGCUGUCUCACUGACAGCCGCUAGAGGCGCUUCCGCGAUUCUCACUGUGAAAAUCACACUGAGAAGGCGCUGGACGUCCAUAGGAAAGCAUUGAGUAAUGCUUUCCUAUGGGCGGUUUGAAUGUGCAUGCAGCUCUUGACCCUAUAGUGCCAGGAAAACGAGUUUGUUUUCCUGGCACUAUAGUGCUCCUUUAAUUGUAAUCUACUAAAAGAAACCCGAACAAGCACGUAGCACAAAUUCUGGGUUUGGUUUUGGUACAGAAGUUGAACGAUUGCCUCCGUCCUUAACGAUUACGGGAUUAUAUGACUGUCUGUGUAAAUCAGGAAAGAUGAUUACAUAAUUCUCUUUGCAUUAUUACUGGAGCUGAGUCAUUGUGACUGUUUAAGUCUAGUAACCCAUUCAGUAUAAUAAACGGUCUCUCCAUUCUCUCCCAAGUCCAAACACAUCUUUCCAAAGUACACAGCAAAGGGCAAAUUUACAAACUAUGAUCUACGUUUAUGGUUUCCCUAAUAUUGAGAGAUAGAUAUAUAUAUAUAUAUAUAUAUAUAUAUAUAUAUAUAUAUAUAUGUUAAUAACAUAUAAGACGACAAUUUAAUGUAUUCGCUAUUUAGUGCACUAACUGUAAAAUACAGCAAAUUAGCCCAAAUACUUUUUGACUCAUCUGAUUUGGAGAAGUUUUCUGACUUUGCUAUUUUACCUUUUAUUUUGGAUUUUAUAUGUCAAUUCACCAUUUAGCGAUUAAACCCCAAUAUGUGCAGCUUUCUCCUCAUUUCUUUUCUGUCCUACGGUUCAUUAUUUAUUAUCUGAGUGAGGCACGGAUAACUGCAACAAGCUUUGUCUUAAGACAUUUUAACAUUUUAAUGUUGAUGCCUUAAUGGUAGAGACUUUGGCGUAUGAAUUCUGUGCCCAUUCUGUUUCCACUCCCUCUGUGCCCCGAAUUAAACUCGGGUAGAAAUGUCAGUAGCUUCAGCAUUAAUCCCUAAACAAAGGAAUGUGUUGCUGUAUCAUGGGCAAGGCGUGUGUUUGCUUGUACAGUAAUUUGUAAUGUUAAAUAUUAUUCCCGCCUUUACAUCUCCUCAAGUGAACUUUGCUUUAACAUUUUAAGAUAAGAGCUGAUAGGAAUGCUGGGAUUUGACCACAAACGACAAAGCUGUGUACAUUUUCUGCAGCGUACCACAACAUUGUGUUACCACAAAUAUUACAGUAAAAAAAGUUCUUUAUUGUGCAAAUGUUAGUACAUACACUGGAUUUAACACAGAAAAACUGCCAUUUAAACUCCAAAUUGGUGCUCCGUUUGGUAACAAAUCUUGUUUUAAUCCUGUAGUAAGGAUAAGGGUAGUAAAUGCCAGUCAUUAACUUUGAGAUGUAAUAGAUGCAUCUGCAGCAUAUGUUUACCUCAGGAAAUUCCAUGUUAUACUUUAUUUUUGUCAAUUUGGACUUUAAUAUGAUUUUGCUACCUGCCUUUGUGAUAUAUUAAACUAAUUUUAAAAGGUAUCUAUGGCCAACAGCUGUUACUAACUGAACCCAUAUAUUCACACCUAGUUCAUAACCACUUAGAUCAGGGAUAGGAAACUCUUAGCACUACAGAUGUUGUGGACUGCAUCUCCCACAAUGCUCGUAUUGCCAUAAUGCUGGCAAAGCAUCAUGGGAGAUGUCCAAAACAUCUGUAGUGCCACAGUAUCCAUACAACGUGCUUUUCCCCACUCUCCACAGCCCCUAUAAUCAUUCCACAUUCUCCUAACAUAUUAAAUGUGAAGCCUUGUAACAAGAUCGUUUUGCAUGUUAAACUAAAACAGAAAUUAUUUGGAAUUCAACGUGAAUUUCACAUUUUACAUCAACAUUAUCAAACUUCAUGCUUGCUGUAUACUUUGUGGGAUGUUUUGAUUAAACGUUUGAACACUUCUUUGAUUUUUGAACACUUCACACUUUCUAAAUAACUAGUGUUGCCCUCGAUCUGGUCUGAAUGCCAUCCCACAUACCAUCAGCCUUAUUUGGCUAUUUGAACUCUGCCCUGUCCCCUAUUUCAGUGUUGAGCACUGAGCAUCAUGGUAAACGUUUUAUAUUGGGUAAACGUAGUUUGCAAACAUUUGUUUCAAUCACUUCUACACAUGGCCCCUCCAUAAGGAGAAUGAGAUAAUGUGGAGACAAAAGUAUUUCUCACUCUUCAUUAAAUACCUUUUGUAACCAGUGACCACAGCUGCUUAGGUGAGACUAAUUUGUAUUCUAUACAGCCUUAGAAAACAUACAUUUGUCAAGCUUGGUGUGCAGUUUUUAUUUUCAAUAUUGGAUUCUAAAAAAAAAUACUUUCAUGCUCAAGCUGGUAACAAUAAAGUGGGAUAGUGUUUUUCCUGGAAGUGGCAGUUCCAUGUUCCAACACCCCAGUAAGCACAAUUGUAGCAUUUAUGCAUUUACCGCGGUGAACAAAGCUGUAAAACAAAAUAGUGCUGCACUUUUGUGAUGUGGGUGACUUUGUCGACCCAUGAUUCUUUGAUCAUAUUUAUGUACGCUUGGGCAUUUACAAAAACUGUACCAUAUAAGAACAUGCAAACUCAGGAAUUCCUUAAGCGGUGCUGUAUGUAAGCAUUUGUACACGGCAGGGGUUACAUUUACACACUGUGCCCUGUAGCAGGGUGUGGGGAGAACAAAACUAGUGAAACCACAACCAUUAGAUAUCUUUCAUUAAAAAACCCUUUUCACCUGCAACUGUGACAUUUUAAUCAUUCCUUUCUGAAUCCCAAUGUGUAUAAACGUUUUCAUUGCAGACAUUAUCAGUAUUAUGUCCCAUUAUAUUUUUGUAUGAUUUAAUUGGCUUGCUCUGAUAAAGUUGAUGUAUGUUUUUCAGUUAUCGAGUGUUUUGCCUGCUCGGAGAUGGUGAGUCCUCAGAGGGUUCCGUUUGGGAAGCCAUGGCAUUUGCUGGAUUUUACAAGCUGGAUAAUCUGGUGGCCAUCUUUGAUGUUAACCGCCUCGGUCAAAGUGACCCAGCUCCUCUUCAGCACAAAGUGGACAUCUACCAAAAACGCUGUGAGGCUUUCGGGUAUGUUGAUUAGUGUCCUUGAACUUUUAGCUGAUCCCAUUAUGACCACCCAUUUCCCCUCAGGAUCCGAGGAAUUUUCCUAAUUAUAAUCUUAAGUAAAUAUGACUUUUAUUUUUGAAAAUCUUGCAUUUCAUUAUUUCGAUGAUAUAUCUUUUUGAUGGGUUUGAUCCUGGGAAAGUAGUGAUUACUCUAUUUUAGUGACAGAGUUGCGUGCAUUAUGUAUAUAUGAGAAUAAACAGACAAUAUCGGUUAGUUUGUAACCACUAACAGCCAAACAACAACCAGAACCUGGUGGUAAUGAAAGUGUUUACGUGUCUACCAAGGUAAGUUAGAUAGCAAGCAAAACUUAAUAGUUUUAAAAAAUAUAAACGGAUACACUGGAUUGGUAGGACAUGGGAUAGAGAAAUGCUGUUAUCUUGUACUUCUCACACUGUGUCGAAGCUCUUUGUAUGCUUUCAGUACAGCCAUGUUUGGUUUUUGGCCGUUAUUAAAAUAUUUCUAUCUCAAUGCAGCAAUUGCUCUGUCUCUCUCUUACCUUCUCUCCCUCCCUCCUGCUAAAUUUAACACUAGAUGGAUGGCUAGAUAGUAAAUCUGUGUUGAUCAGUUCUUUUAAAAAAAAAUUUUUUUUAAAUUGAACUGCACUGCUAACUUAUAUUUUGGGGCUUGUAUGGUGUGGACUUUGCAGAGCAGUUUUCCUUUUUUAAAAUAGUAUACAUUCUUACAUCUCCUGGUGACUAUUUUCAUUUCAGAUGGCACACAGUAGUUGUGGAUGGCCACAGUGUGGAGGAACUGUGCAAAGCCUUUUCUCCAGUGAAGAAUCAACCUACAGCCAUCAUUGCCAAGACAUUCAAGGGCAAAGGGAUUUCAGGUACAGAGAAAAUGCUAAUUAAACCUUGGUGACAGGUUCUUUAAUUACAUUUACACAUGCAUUGCUAACAAUGUUUCUAUAGAUUACCAGAAUGUUACAUCGCAAGAGCAUUUCUUGAGCAGUAUGUUCCUGUUGCAAGAUCAGCAAUAAAAACCCCAACAAUCCGCAAAACCUAUUUGUACAUUACAUAGGUGUUUAUUACUAAAAACGGAAUCAUAGUCAAUUAAAAAACAAAUUGUUGUGGACUAUAUCUCCCCUGAUUCUUUGCCAGCAUUAUGGCUGUAAGUGCGUUAUGGGAGAUAUGGUCCACAACAUCAAUGCCGAGGGUCUACUGCUUCCUCUUAAGGAUAAGAAGAUUUAGCCGACAAAAUUCUUUCCUUCAAGGUCACAUCUCAAUAAGUUUAUUUGCAUGAUCUCAAUACUUUUUUUUUCUUCUUCUUCUAUGUGCCACCAUUGCCCAGCUUUUAAAUACAGGUGGUGCUCACUUUAUGACCGUCCUGUUAUACGACCGCUCGCACUAACGACCAGCUCUCUAGCGUGGAAAUUUGAGAACUGGUCUAUUUUAGGAGAAUAUCUGGUAUAAUUCUUAAGCCAAGUGUUAGGGCUGAGCUAGGCUUGCUUUAUUAAUUUUUUCCCCCUUUUGUAUAAAAAUGAUUAAUAAACUUAAAAAAUAACUCAUUUGAUUAUUUAUAAGAAGUAUAUAUUAUUUUACAGUGCUCUUUUUUAUGGUAAUAAAGUAGCAUAUACAUUAUAAGAUACAUGUGUUUUCCCUGUCUUCAAUAAGUCAGCACAGAGCAUACUAUUAACACAUUUUUCUCCAGUAAUGAGAGAGCCAUGUGUUGCCUAAAAUGAUUGAAGGAAAACCAGUGAAGAUUUUCUCUAUUGAUUUAUGUUAACCCAAGCUUAUCGUGUAGAAUCUAUUAGGCAGCCCUCAUUCACUGCCACUGUGAUAAUCUCUCAAUGAUGCAUACACCAUCUGCACUGGAAGAUAUAAACACAAGUUAUAUCUAAACGUUUAUAACAUUUGACCCAUUAUAGGUGCAUUGUAAAAAUAAAUUUUGAACCUAGGACCAGUCAAACCUUUUUAAGCCCUGUGUUCUAACAGCUAAAUGCUCAGUCCUUGUAGCUGCAUUGCUGGUAUUAAUAUAAUUAGUAAAGUAGUGUUAUGCACAUAUGCAAAGUAACACAUUUGGUGCAGCAGAAAAUAUCACUAUUUGGGGAUCUUGUGCAAUCAGUGACCGGUUUCUCGGAGGUUAAUCGUAUUAGAGAGUUUAUGAAAAAUAAUGAUACCUAUUCUUACUGCAGGUGUGGAAGAUAAGGAAAACUGGCAUGGCAAACCCCUUCCUAAAGAUUUGGCUGAACAGUCUAUUAAAGAGAUCGAGAGUAAAAUCAGCAACAAGAAGAAGUUGUCACCUGCUUCCCCGGAGGAAGAUGCCCCCGCUGUCAGCAUCAAGAACAUUAAAAUGUCCUCACCACCCAGCUUCAAACUUGGAGAAAAGGUAAGUGAGAGCUCAUCGAGUUCAAAAACAUACACAAUGGGACAGAACACAAAGUAAACUACACCCUUAUAGUACAUACAGAGAAAAAAUAUAUACUUAUGAACAGAAUUGUUUGAGAAUGUCCAAACAAUAAAAAGUACAACACAUAGUGCAGACUGCAAAAAUAUCCAAAUAUAAGGAUAAGUAAUGGUUGCACUCACAGAUUGCAGAGCCGUACCAGGCUCUGUAUGAUACGCACAAGGGUGGCUAGAUAGGCAAAAGGAAUCUGUGAGCAGGUGGCCCAUAUUAGCAGAAUAUCAGGUCGGUUACUUAGCCCUAAAAUUUUAAAAUCUCUUUGAAUCUACUUUAAAUUUUGACUAUUCACGCUUUAGUUAAUAACACUUUAGAGUUUAGGAGACAGGUUCGAAAUCUAACUUCUCAAAGAAUUAGAAUCUAAUUAAGAAUGAACGAAAGAUAUAACUGUUUUUUUCAUUACACUAGCAAUUGCUAAUAGUUAUGCUUUUGUAUGAUAUAUGCCAAUUCUAUAACUUAUUAAACCAAUUAUUUGCAAUGAUUGUGUCCUUCGAGGGCACAUGGAAAUACAAAGUUACACAAUAUUAGACAUUUUUGAGCAUUUUCAUUUUGAAUACCUGCAAUUGGAAAAAAUAAAUUGAAAUAAUAUUUUUCUUUGCAGAUUGCCACUCGCAAGGCAUAUGGUCUCGCCCUUGCCAAGCUGGGCAAGGCAAAUAACAGAGUGAUUGCUCUGGAUGGCGAUACCAAAAACUCUACAUUUGCCGAGCUUUUCAAGAAGGAACACCCAGAUCGUUACAUUGAAUGCUACAUUGCUGAACAAAACAUGGUAAUUCAGUAUUCUGCUUUUGUUUGACUUACAGGUUUUCUGGAAAUAAAUGUUAUACAUAAAUAGACUUUGCCAAAUGGUAUUAUUGGCAUAAUUAGUGCAGACUAGCCUUGCAGCACAGUGAAACGUCCCAGAUGCUCAAAAUGUUGGCAAGAAUGUGCUAUUUGUGGGUAAAAUAGUUGAGCUCGAAAGAUAAUAGAGUUGUAGAUUUUUUCCAAUUUUUCCUUUGCCCUAAACUUGCAAUUCCCAAUUUAAUUAUCCAAAAUUCACAGUUUCCAAACGUAAAUCCAAACGUCUCAAAAUAUCUAUUUUGUCUUGAUAUAUUUUUAUAUCUAACCUUAUAUCUUUGCCAUAGGUAAGUGUGGCUGUUGGCGCCACCACUCGGGAUCGUACUGUGGCAUUUGCCAGUGCAUUUGCGACUUUCUUCAGUAGAGCAUUUGAUCAGAUUCGUAUGGCUGCCAUUUCGGAAAGCAACAUCAAUCUUUGUGGUUCACACUGUGGAGUUUCCAUUGGUGAGUGUCUAGUGUAUAGUUUUGUCAGUGUUAAAACAAGCACGUUCAUCAAUGUUUCUUUUAUGUAACGAUGAAUAAAUAAGCCAGUCAAUGCAGUUUUUUUGUGUUCUGUUACAUUUAACCUGUGAUUGAUAAGUGAGAUGCUAUUACACAAACACUUUUCUUUGCUACGGCUAGUAAAAUUUGGUGCUGGUAUUUUUGUUUGUAUGGUAUUGGUAAUGUUAAGACUGUUUCUCCCCUACUUAUAUUUAAAGGGACACUCUAAGCACUAUACCAAUUACAGCCUGUGGUGGUAAUGUUGCUAGCAGACUACUGGUGCUGUCCUGAAGUUCUGUAGUAAACUAUUUUUGAGUUGCACUUCAUUAUUAAAGGGUCACCAUGUGCUUGAAGUUGUCAUAGUGCCUCUGGCAUUGUCAUAGGGACAGUAUUUACCAGCCUUCCCUUAGUCCAAACUCCCUUAAAUAAAGCCUUUGUGUUAUUUAUUUUUGGCGGGGUGGAGCCCAGACCACCACAGAAAGGGUUACUCCAACCAAACCAGUCGUUUAUCAAACUGUUUUUUUAAAUGUGAACUUUUUUUAUUUUUUUAUUAAUCCUUUAACAUUGUCACCUGUGUCUAAAAUUGGACACUAUUGAUUGUUUGAGAGCAUCACCCCAAACCAGUCAAUGCUACACAAGCUUGAUAAAUUGGAAAGGGUCAGCUUCCACUAAAGCAGGGCAGUGAAUAAAACCCUUGGUUUGUUCAAAGAGCUCGAAAGCAGAACUGGGAGAUGGCACCAGUUGCUUGUUAGCAUCAUAACCACCAUUGAAGUGUCCCUUUAAAAUAGUAGGCUGAUAGGCAUAGGCAGAGUGGCAGCAUACUAUAUUCUUGGGUAAUGUGCUCUCUUUUCAUAUAAUGCAGUUAAGGGGCCCUGGCUAGACAGGUGGUUGAAUCUAUAUUCAUUAGCAACAGAGAUAUUAAUGCUCAUGGUAUGUACCAGGGGCAAACAAAACUAGAUCCCUGACCAGUUAUAACCAGGGCCGGACUGGGAAUUAAAAGCAGCCCUGGAAAAAAAAUAUUUACCAGCCCCAUAAUGCAUCGUGCCAGCACAGCGUGCAGAUACAGAGUUAGAACAGAUAACUUAAAAUUAAAAAUUAUUACUCCAACGUAAAAAAAAAGCACAUAUAGGCUUUAAAAAAAACAAAAGUGCAGAUUUAUUUUAAGCAGACGUGCCUUUGCAUGUAAUCAAUGUUUCAGUCCAACUACCAUGACAUAUUAAGGAAAGCUUGGUAAUGGAACUGAAAUGGUGAAUGUAUGUAGAGCACAACUGUAAAAAAUGACGUUAUCUUGUUUAUUCCUGUCGGUGCGCUCCUCACUUUAAAUAUGUUAUUGUGUUAGAGUAUGCACCUAGCAACAAGACUGGGCCAAUAUCUGCUCAUUACAUAUGGUACAUAUUAAUAACAUUUAUCUGUGUAUUAUGCAUAUAUAAAUGUUCAUUAAUAAAUGUGUAAAUAUAAUAGGCAUAAUUAUACACAUAUAUAUAUAACUAAUACACACAUUAAUAUACAUGUCAUAUACCAGUGGUGUAUCCAGAGCCUGAUCCCGGGAGGGGCACUUGUAGAUUAUUUAAAGAAAAAAUCCAUGCACAAUAACAACUACUGCUCUGUGUAGUGGUUAUGGUGCAAGGAGUGCCGGGAACCCCUCCCAGAGUAAGUAGUCAAACCGUUUAAGAACAGUUUGACAACUUACCUGGGGUCUGCUGGGAUAUGGGGCUGUAGUAGGGUGAAGGGUGUAGUGUGUGUGAAAGGUUCAGUGUAUGUGUGGGUGGGGGUGUAGUGUGUGAAUGUGUAGGGUGUGUGGGGCAAUGUGUGUAUGGGGGGGCUGUGUGUGUGUGUGUGUGUGUGCGCAGCAAUGUGUGUAUGGGGGGCUGUGUAUGUGUGUGUGUGGCAAUGUGUGCAUGGGGGCAGUGUGUAAAUAAGUGUUUGUGUGGGGGCAGUGUGUGUGUGUAUGGGGCAAUGUGUAUGGUGUGUGUAUGGGGCUAGAGUUCACUCUCACCACUGCGACCACCAGGAAUCCCUGGUGGUCGCAGUGGUGAGAGUGAACUCUAGCCCGUAGCUCCAGGGCUAGAGUUCACUCUCGUGAGAGCUGGAAUGUUGCCGUGGUAAUCGCGCGAGAAGGACGCAGAGGAGCUGCAGGCUGAGCUUCCGGGUCCUCUCUUCCUCCCUCCCCUGCCUGCUGCCCGCACGGUGCCUGUGGAAUGGGGAGGGAGAUCGGCUGGCAGGGGAGAGCCUCUUGGGGGGGGGGGAGGGGGAAUUGCCCUGUGGCCCCCCCCAGAUCCACCAGUGAUAUAUACAGCCCCUAUGUGUGUCUCUUUAUCUCCAGCCCCUCUGUGUGCUUUUUUACAGUCACUCUGUUUGUUUCUUUCUCCCCCUCACUGCUCCUCUGUGUCCAUGUCUCCCCUCUCCUUCCCAGUCUCUCUCUUCCCCCUCUGCCUCUUUCUCCCCCACCCCUUGUGUCUCUCUCUCCUUUCUCCCUCUGUCUCUUGCUUCCCCUCUGUCUCUUUCUCCCCCCUUUCCCUGUGUCUCUCCUUGCUUCACAUCUCUCUUCCCCUCUGUCUCUUUCUCCUCCCUCCACCAUCUCUCUAUUCCCCCUCUUUCUCCCCCUGUGUCUCACUCUUCCUCCUCUGCCUCUUUCUCCCUCUUUUCCCUGUGUCUAUUCCCCCUCUGUUUUAUUUUGCCCCUUCCCUUGUGUCUCUUUAUUCCCUGUCUUUAUUCCCAUUUACCUGAGAGAAGUCAGGAGGGCCAGCCGCGUUCCACGCUGGAGCCGCCGGGCAGGGUGGCAGCCUCGCCGGUCCAGCGGCACUCCUGUCACUGAUGCUGAGGGCUGAAGGAGGGAGGAGCAUGUCUAUCUACCAUGCUCCCUCGCGGUUCCUACAAUUCCCAGCACAGCAUACUGAUGCUCCUCCCUCCUCCUCCUGUCCUCAGCAUUAGUUACAGGAGUGCCGCCGGACCGGCGAGGCUGCCACCCGGCCUGGCGGCUCCAGCGUGGAACGCGGCCACAGGACGCCCCCCGCAGAGUGUGCCACUGGACCGGCUAUCUGGUGGCACAUACAUGUGCAGCGCUGCCCCCAGAUGCCGCGGCCCACCGGGAAAUUUCACGGUAUCCCGGUGGGCCAGUCUGGCCCUGGCUAUAACACUACAAAUGUAUUAUGUUUGUAUGUCCAGGCUUAACAUAGUUUAACAUGAGCUGGAGAUCAGUUGUGGUAUACACGAACUUGUCUUGAUAUUAUUUGUUUUAAUUAUUUUUUGGAGGCCAAUGUGGUGUUGGUGAAAUGACAAACCACACUCUUUCUGAAGAAUGCCUUCUACUUAGGAAACUAUCAGUCUGUUUUGUAACUUGUAAUAGUCUUGGUUUCCUAAUUCCUAACUUUACGUUUAAGGAAGUUUUGUUGCCACACAAGACCAACAUGUUUGUUAAAUAUUUUUUCUCCCUUUAAAUUCUCUCUUAGUGGUGAAAUUGUUUAUUUACACAGCUCCGUAUAUGUAGUAAGAUCCCUGACACUUCCUCUUCAGAGUUCUAAUGAAGAUCAUCCCUCCUUAUGCUUCGGUACCCUAAAAACACUUGUCACCUAGCAUUCUUUCCUCUAUGAAAAUGGCUUGAAUUACAUCGCAUCACCCCUGAUAUCUGCCUUUGGCAGAAAUACAAAAUAUACCAACUGUAGAUCACGUAGUGCCAGUGGGGUUUAAUAUUGGCACUGCAGAUAUUUGAAAUCACCAAUUGUAAAACUGCAUUAUACAUGUUACACACAUUUUCAUAAAACAGAUAUACAAUACACUUUACUUAUACAAUCUAAUAGCAGAAUUGGAAACAAAUUUAUAGCAAUUUAAAUAAAUCUAUGGAAAGAUAUGGUCCUUUCUGCAGCUGUCAAUCGAUUCUCAGUAUAGAGGGUUAUUCUAAACAAAUUAGAUCUGUCGAUAACUGAGUGACAUGGUAGAGCAGGAGAACCCUCUUUCAGAUGUUCUCCUGUUUUCAAACACAAUAACUACAGUAAGUGCUGUAGUUGCUAUGAUAUUGCUGUGUUGGAAUGGAGCGACAGACCUCUGUUCAGACACUGAAACACUGGCAAUGAAGCCAACUAUUGCCUUGCUUGAGCAAGUUCUCCCCAGCAGGGCCAAAAGCACAUUAGGAGGGCAGGAGUUUGAAGCUGGAUGUUAAUCUGAGACCAUGGAUUAGGAGCCACUAGAACAUUAAGUGAAUCUGUCAUUGCAGGUUCUUAAGUAGUGUACGUCUCAAAUAGCUGCAGUGGCAAGGUUAGCAAUCACCUGUUCUUGGUGGAUUAUAAUAGCUCUUCCUUAUGAAAUACCUGGCAACUAUAGAAAUCUAAACGGUAAAAUAUGGACAUUGUAUUUUCUACAAACAUCAUAUUGUAUCGUUCGAUAAAUCUUUAUAGUUUGCAUGUUAGUCAGUGACACAAGCUAUCUGUUUCUCUAUGUACUGCGCUACAUUAGCCCAGUCUUAACAAAUAUCCUUCAUAUGCUUUGUUGAUAUUAUGAAGGGUCACUAACUAAUCAAAUGGCUGGUGUCUACGUUCAUGUUAUGUGAUUCAAAUUUACCAUUAUAUCUCUCUAUCAUGCUUGGCAAUAAGAUUCUUGUUUCUUAUUGGUCGCAGUAAUGUAGGCAACCGUGUGUGUCCACCGUGCCCAGAAAAGGCAAAUGUUGGUGCAGGUGUUCUACCACCUUGAGACACAAAUGUAAAUUAUUAGAAUCAGGAGUACACCGUUGAUGACACUCAGACAAUUUUAAACUUACAUUAAACAUUAAGCACAUUAUAUCAUAACUCCGGUCAUACAAGGCAAAGCCAUGCCAAACACUGCCCAUAAUGAGGAAAAAUACAAACAUAGGUCUCUCUUUAAUAUUUUUGCAUAGGCUUUUCAAAUGAUUUAUCUACAAAACUUCCUAUAGACACUCAUGGGGACUUCUGUAGGAAGAUCAUUUGAAAAGCUUCCCCACACGGAUUACAUUAAAGCCAUAGUUUCAUUUCUCUUUGUGUACUGUUUCUGUGCGGACUGUCAGGUGCAAAGGACAGAGGUUAGAACAAUGAUUGACAAGCCGCUAAGACGUAGGUAUCCUGUUGCAAAAAAAAAAAAAGUCGUAUGGAUUUCUAAAUUUUUUACGCUUUUAUUAUUGUGGUUUGAUGGGAAAUAAUAAGCAUAGAAGUCACAAAUACGACCUAUCAAUUCAUCAAGACAUAUGAUAGUGACUGUAUAACUUACAUGUCAUUUCUGUUUUAAGAGCGGAAACAUACAACAUACAACAUAAAAGAUAACAUUUUAAAGUAUAUUUCUACAUUAAAUUCUAUUUUGCACACAUCACAACUCUGUCUCGGUUAUAUAGUGGAAUAAGUGAACAUAAUUAAAAUCCUGGUGUCAGUUCAUUUUUAAAUAAGACCGUAAGACACACGGUUAGUCUUCUGACUUAUCCAAUAGGUUUGUCUUUUGAGCAGUUAAAUAAUUACCGAUUAAGCCUCACUGCAGACUUUUUUUGACCCAAAUCUAUUGGCUGUUUCAGUACUUCUGCUUUGUGAUUUCCCCUUAUCUUUUAGCUUUCUCCUAUUUCUCUUCACUUCCUGUAUCUAAACCUGAGAAGAUUGGGGAUGCCAGGUACAUCCGUGUGCCUUACUUUGACAUUUGAAUUUGUGAAAAGAUUUCUGAUUUAACAUGUGUUUUUCUAACUAACCUGCUAAAUUAAUUUCUGUGCCUGCUUGUUCCGUUGAAUCUAGUGAGCCAGGAAGGCAACUGAUAAGGAUAUUGCUUAGAAAUGUAUCUUGACUUGUUUACUGGUAUUUAUCCAGUAAUGCAGUCUCAGGGUUGUAGGAGUUUGAGUCCGCUCUGACUAACUCAUAUUGCUUAAAUUUAUCACAUAAAACGGUUUAUUCAUUUACCUCUGUUCUUCAUCUCCCUGUACUUGAUGCAAAUUUUAUAUGCAUAGUCUGUGUAAAUCAUAGGUCUUAAACAUUAAAGUUGUUACUCCAAACAUCAUAACAAGUACAGCCCAAUGGAGUAGCUAUGAUGUGAGGGGAACCCAUGUCUGUUUCCCAGUAAUGGGGCGAACUGUGUUUCACCGGUUUGCCUUCGUAUCUGGAUUUCCAACGGACCUUCUUGUAAUGUCCAUCUGGCUUCUGUAAUAGCAGACCACUCUCAACCAAUGAAUGCAAUUCUGGGCAUAGGAAUAUGUAUUUAAUUGACAGGGUUAAACUCUGUAUGUACUGCAUUUGAAAGUGUGACGAUGCAUAUACAGAGUGUGACGGACCGCCUAACACCCCGACUGGGUACCUCCAUCAAUCGCUGCUGCCAGUAAUCCUUGAGUACCAUAAGCACUUCACCGGACACCAUAACCACCGUAAACCCCACAAACCGCCGCAGCUUGGUUGGGGUUUUGCUGUCCUCCACCCACCCUUGACCCAAGACCAGGAUCCAGCUUCCAAUGGGUAGACCUCUCCUAGUCCGGAGAGCGAAGCAGGCUGCUCUUACAAGAGCAAUUGUUGUGAUCCAAGGAAGUAUAGUGAUUAUAGCAAUCCCCAGAGUGAAUAUAGCUCUCCAAUCCUCCAAACAUGAGCCUAGACUUCAUGAAGGAUAAAACGAAUCUGUUUAAUUGCAGCCACAACUGGCCUUAUAUGCAUGUCCCCAUGAAAGGGGCACUCACCCCUGGACUGAGAGUAGAGUUCAAUAAAAACAUACACACGAAUACAUUGGCUCUCAGGUCCAGGACACUCCCAUACAAAAUAGGUCAAUCCCUCCCCUGUGCCUGGGAGAUAAUUGAGUCAAGCACUGGAUAAAACUCAAUUAUCUCCAGGCACAACAAACACACAUUUCCAAAACUCCCCAAAAGUACCUUAAAAUAUAUUUAAAAAACCCCACAAAUGUCCCCUGAUAGCCCUGAUCUGGGUGAACAACAUAUCCAAAAAUCACCCAGAUCGGUUCUGGGGUUCAGGAUUUUCCUAUAAGUCAUAAUUUGACUGACCUCACGCAUGGUCCCAUGCUGAAAAUAGUUCCAUAGAAUCGCGGCUCAGUGCUGCUGGGGACCGCCUUGGAACCGCAAAGUCUUCCAUGCCGAAAAUAGUUCCAGGGCAUUCGUGGCUAAGUCCCCCUGAAGUCUGUUUGUGGUUUUGGCCCAUGCGAAUGGCCACCAGGGAGCUAGCGUUCAGUUCUAUGCACAUGAAUGGAAAGUGCCGAACCAGGGGGAAUAACAUAUGGGUCUUUAGUCGCUGACCUGGCCCAUAGUCGGUGGGCAAGAGGCUGGCCAGCAGGCCCCUCCAAGAACACGUGACGAGGCUCAGUUCGUCACACAGAGUUUAGGUACCAUGACCACAACAAACCACUGCAGUGAUCAUGGUGCUUGGAGAUGUAGAAGAAUUUUCAGCAUAAACAAACAGUUAUUCACAAAGCACCAAAUCUUAGAGAAGUAACGCAGACUGGAAAAUUGAGGUACAAAUAGUUGAUCUUUUUCAAAUUUUCCAACUCAACUACAGUCACAGAUUGGCCAAUGUAGCCUCAUUUUUCAAUUCAGAUUUAGGCCUUAAUCUAAUAUUUUUUGAUAAGCUUUUAAAAUAAUUUGUCUACAGAAGCCAUUAAAGUGGACUUAAAUAUAAACUUACCUGAAAUUGCUCCCAUGCACAUUAAAUACAUUAUAUAUCACAAAGAUACAAGGUGUAUUCAGUGUAAAAGAGAUUCAUUCACAUCUCCUCCUUUCCUGCACUGCCAUCUUCGAGGGUGAUACUCUUCAUGUAACAUCUACCUCUGGGCCAUCCUCCACUCCUACUCUGGUCCACUGUUUUCAUUGAUUUGACCACCUCCUCAGUGACGCCACCUCACUCUGUUCCUAUCCAUCUAAAAGCGCUGGCUAAGGAGUUUCCAUAGCCACUGUGGUUGCUAUGGUUAGGAGAUCAGAAGGACUGCCUGUUCGAGAAAAGCCUAUUUUAAAAAAACUGCUGUAUAGACAGAAUUGUAUGCUCAGUCUAACAAGCAUUCGUUGUUUGGCAUGGCAGAUGCCCUUAAAGUCUAUGGGAAGUUUUGUAGAUAAAUCAUUUGAACACUGUAUGUAACAAUAUUAAAUCAGUUGAAAAGUAUAUCCAAUAAUAUUAAAUCAAGGCCUUUGCUAAAAUUCUUUUUUUUUUUUAUGAAUUAUCAUGCAUGUGUUAUUCUUUGGUGCAUAUUUUAAGGCAUGGUUUUUGGUUUCUAUUCAGAUAUAACGGUUUCAUGAAUGGGUUUAAGAAUUUUAACUUAAAGUGAAAUCCACCUCUUUGCAGAUGUUGUUUUUUUACCCCAUUGUCAUUUGUUUCAGGGGAGGAUGGGGCAUCUCAAAUGGGUUUGGAAGAUAUCGCCAUGUUCCGAACUAUUCCCACUGCAACAGUAUUUUACCCAAGUGAUGCGGUUUCUACAGAAAAAGCUGUAGAACUGGCUGCAAACACAAAGGUAAAUCCUUCCGAUCAGUAACACCCAGAGUUUAAAAUGGUACAAAACUGCAGUUUAAUUGAGCAUUGUCAUUAUUUGUGGUUAAUUGUAUGACACUGCACGUAGUCUUAGAAACAUUAGAGGUUCUUUAGAAAUAGCAAUGUGUUUCCAAGUGUUGCAAUCACCAGGAACAUUCCACUGUUCUAUGAGAACAGUAAUCAAACCCUCAUAUCAUCACAGAGACAUUUUCCCAAAUAUUAUAAACCAUCCUACGGGUUGAUCCCAACAGAUGAAUGUGUAGGAAUGCCGAAUCAGUGUGAAUGGUACAUCCUUAUGGAAUAAUGUUUGAUGUUCACACAAACUAUUCCAAACAACAAAUAGUAAAUCAUACUGAGAUUUAAUGGGUUAGACUAGCCCCGAUAGUUUUAUAAUUUAAAUAAAUAUAUAUAUUUUUCUUGUUUGUGAAACAGGGAAUAUGCUUUAUAAGGACAAGUCGCCCUGAAAAUGCAGUUAUUUACAGCAGCAAUGAGGAAUUCAAAGUAGGACAAGCUAAGGUUAGUAUGAUGGUUAUGUGGGCACCGCAGGACUUCUGAAGGUAAAGGGGUUUCUGUGCCUUUGAAUUUUUUUUUUUUUUUUUUCAUGUAGAGAAAUUUACAACAAAAUUUAUUUAUUUGGGGGGAAAAGGUACAAAAUUGAGUAAUUUUGUCUCAUUGUAUUUGUUACUCUCCUGCGUUAGGUGGUUGCACACAGCAAGGAUGAUAAAGUAACGGUUAUUGGUGCUGCUGUUACGCUUCACGAGGCCUUGGCUGCAGCUGAGCAACUUAAAAAAGGUAAAAUAAUGUUUCAAAAACAAUCUUAAGGGGGUUAUGUAUGAAAGGUUUUUGUAAUUUAAAAAGAGGUCUAAAAUACUAGAAGUGGUGCAGUCACCACAAAAUCCAGUGGAACCAGCAGAUAUUGAAUUGGCAGCUAUGCCACUUUUCGAUAUAUGGAACAACAAUGUUCAGAUCCCUUUUUAUACAUAUUUACGCAAGUUUGUUAUAUUGAUGUGUGCGUGUUAAGUGUGAAAACGUAGUACUGUGGUUUGCUACACGUGCUCAUAUUCUGGGGUUUCUCCAAGCCUUUUUUUCUUCUUAUCUUAAGAACACAACAAGCAUAUGCUCUGAUUAGUCUACAUUUUCUUUUAGGAUGGGUGACUCACUUGACUUUAUUACUUAUUGUUCAUAAAGGGCCAACAUAAGUACAUUUAAUAUUUAUAUAUUUUUCUCAGUUGUAAAUUUAAGGAAACAAAUGCUGUUUAUACAUUCUAAGAAUUGUAUUCAUAAAACUGCAAAUUACAGUAAAUGGAAAUCCAUAUGAAGGCUAAAAUAGUCAAGCUGUGACCGAAGCAGAGUUGGAAAAUUUUCCCGAUCAGUUAUUUUUGCCAACAUUUUCCAAUUAAGAUUGUAUUUCACUACAGUCUGGUCUUUAAUGAAUAUACCUCUAAAUAUCUCUUGCAUUCUAUUCCCACAGAAAAUAUUCAUAUCCGAAUCAUUGAUCUAUUCACCAUCAAACCACUGGACAGAAAGACUAUCCUUGAGAACGCCAAGGCAACCAAGGGACGGAUCAUUACUGUGGAGGAUCACUACCAUGAGGGUGAGUGGAGGUUAAUGCAGGCGCCCAGCGGGAAGUUACGUUAGGAAGGUGCCAGGAUACUCCCAGCACCAUAACCACCAUAGUGGCUGCAGUGAUUAUGGUGCUCGGUGUGUUCUUUUAUGCUAUUAUAGAAGGGCCUGACUAUAGGUCCCCCCACCUAUGCCUGGCAGGUUUCAACUGCCCUCCAGUGAAUGUCUGCUUAGUGGUGGGAUGGAAGAUAUCUUGUCCCCCUUAUCGCCCAUCCAAGCUUGUAAGUUAGCCACAGCUAUUAAUCGGUUAAUAUUCCAUCUUCGAUAAAAUAGGAACCUACCAGUAGUACCCCUCCCACAGACAUUGAACAGACAGCGCCUACUCAACUGUUAUUAACCCUUCACAUUAACAUGAAGAUAAUUAAUAAUUUUAUGCGGGAAGGACUUGACUGUCAUGCUUCCUCUACUACUACCUUACCCAAGACAAGUAAUUAGAGUUUAAACAACUAAUGAGUGGGCAUCUGCCUACCUUUUUAGUCUGGGUAGCAUUGGGAUUAUUAUGAUUUGUGGCAUGAUAUUUACUGUUCCCUGAAACUGAUACAUUUGUGCUUAUUAGAAGUGUUUUGAAUUGUUGCCGAAGCAUUUUUUUUCUACUAUAGGUUGCAUCUAACCAUUCCUGGUUUUAAUAUAAAAUUUAUUUUAUAUUUAUUUUGUGUAUGAUUAAUUGGAGCGCAUAUACUUACUUUGUUGAGCAUUAGGAGGGGUUAAGUAUAUAUUAAAAAAAAAAAAGAAUUGUGCUCUUUGAUCUCUCUGUAACCCUCCACCCAUGCUUAGUGGGUGAGGGGUUAAUGAUAUUUGGGCAAUAUUAGUGAAUUGAAAACCAGCUUUGGUAAUAUUAAGCUAAAAUGCUACAGUUAGGAAUAUCUUGGCCUAAAUAUUAAAAUGAGCUUUUAAAUCCAUAGUUUAAUGAGCAGUGGUUUGCAGUAAGAGUAGAGUUUUCAGGUUAACCGUCCCAUAAUCUUAUUACCCAGAGCUGUGGUAGUGGAAGAUGUAAACAUUUUAUGAAGGGAUUAAUGGUUAUGUGGUUUUCUUUCUCUAUAUCCAGGAGGGAUUGGAGAAGCAGUAGCGGCUGCAGUGAUCGGUGAGCCGGGUAUCACAGUCAAAUCCCUGGCAGUGUCUCACGUGCCCCGCAGUGGUAAACCUGCUGAGUUACUCAAGAUGUUUGGCAUUGACAAGGAUGCCAUUGUGGAGGCAGUCAGAGCCGCCAUAUCCCAGACAACCAACUCUGUUUAGACCCCAGCGGCUUUCCACAGACAGAGGAGGGCCUUUUACUGUAACCAUAUAAUCACCUUUUUAUUUCAAUAAAAAACAGAUUCAGUUCCACUCUUUGCCUCCAUUUUUAAGUUAUGUUUCUUUUGAACAUAAUAUAAGUUCAAUAAACUGCAAGUUUGGUGUUAAUACUGGGAACAAUCUUUAUUACAUUGGUAGAAAAAUACAUUAUAGUUAACAUUUUAUUUUACCUAACAGAUCUACAACUUUAAAGCAGUUCACGUUAUAUUUAAUACGCUCAGAUUUAGUGUGGAUGUAUACUUGAACGCACAAUGUGCAGUAUAUUGCAUUUCAAGUAGGACAGAAGGAAUGUGACAUCUUAUUAUAUGAUUAGUAGGUUAACAGCAUCUUGGGUUGGCAGGAGUAUAUACUAUUGGUUAAUAAGGCUGGGUAAAAAGUUUAUUUGAUAAGUGGGAACUUUCUGCCUAAAUGGCAACCAAUGAACACUGACAAUUAAAGAAUUGGACCAGGGGUGAGCAAUAUUUGGUCAGUUUGUGCAAUUGGAUUGAAUAGUACAACAGAUAAACCAUAUAGACAUAUAUUUAAACAUAUUUUUGAGCAAAGGUCUGUUCAAAGUGGCACAUUGAUAAAGUUCUAGGUCAGGCGGCCUGCUGUGGAUGUGAAACCGUUCUGGCUGGUAAAAGGUUAAGGCAUACAAUGCUGUUUGUUGCCUUUCUGUGCAAAUUCUUCACAUUUACAGAUUUUCUGCUUAUGUCUUAUACUACGAACUCCUGAAUUGAAAUUCUUUGCUAUUUCCGUUUUGGCCAAGAUGGUAAACCUGCUAAAUUUAAAAAAACAAAAUGACAACACAAUACAAACCUUUUCUCCAGUCAGGGACUGAUUGAUGUUUGUUCAACACAUUGGCUCAUUUUACUGGAAUUGGAUCAUUUUGCACCACAGUUAUAUAGAGGCAGAUACUUUUCACUGUCUGCUUACAGGAACAGUCCAAGCACCAUAAAACCUAUAGCCUGCUGGAGUGGUUAUGGUGGCAGGAGUGCACAGUUUGACAAUUUACCUAUGGCCCACCCGCAGCUUCAUCUGACACAUCCAGUCUUCUCCAGUAUGAAAUUCCAGAUUGGAAGCUGUACCAUGCUCAUGAUCUGUGUCAGCUGAGCGCUCACAGAUAAUUAGAGCGGUCCUCUCUCAGCCAUGCUUUAUUUUACAGACAUAUUGCUUCUCCUGCAGACCAAAGGACCAAAUGCAGCGGGAUAUGGCAGUGGGUGCCUGGUGGACCAUGAUAACACGUAAAAUUUCACCAAAACAGUUUAAUAUGUCACUGUGGGAUAGCACUAGGGCACUCCUGGCUCCAUAACCACUACAGUAGCGCUAGGACUGUUCAUUUAAAAACACAUUCUCUAAAGCAGA